AUGGCUUCAGCAGCUGGUUCAGCUGGCCUCGCUCUCAAGGUGGCCGCCGUCGCUGCCGUCCUCGCCAUGCUGCUCCUACCUUCAUGCGGCCGCUGUCCGUCGCUGGGGCCGGCACCACCGCCGCCAGCGCAGGCGCCACCACCGCUCGCGCCGACACCGCCGGCGCCGGCGCCGUGGAACCCACCAUGCUCUCAGUCCCGGCGCCAGCAAUGCUACUCGGAUACGUAUCCGGCAUGCUAUUCGGCGUGCACAACCUCCAACCCAUGCACCGAAUGCGAAUUGCUUGGUGCUCUCUGCAGCAACUGCAGGAUCGCCGCGAAAGACAAGUGCACGGCCGACUGCACCGGCGGCGGCUGUGACUGCGCCGCCGCCGCCGCCGCCAGUGCGUGCCGCACCGACUGCGGAGUGAAUUAUGGGCGCUGCCACAGCUGCACGACCGCCGAGACCGACAAGUGCAACGCCAACUGUACCAGCGGCGGCAGCUGUGACUGCCACGGCGCCGCCAAGAGUGCAUGCCGCAACGAUUGUGCCGCCGAAACAUGUUACUCGUGCGCGCGCGCGCAACUGAAGAAUUGCGACACCGUUUGCUCGGCCGAGUGCAACAAGUGUUUUGCGCCCUAG